CUAUCCUCAUGUGAUUGACCCCGGUAAUCCUGCGGCACCUUCUCAGUCGAGUCUGCAUAUAUCCUUCACUUGACCGUGGCUGCCCCCGCACACUACAGUCACUCACUUCACUCGCCAGGAGCCAUGGCCUUGGCUAGGGAGCGCCUCCUAGCCAGCCUGUCGGCUCUUGCGCUGAUGUUCGCCGCCUGGGCCUCUCCGGUUGCCGGUGGCCGCCCGGCGGACCAGCUGCAGAUACUGUGGGGGCAGACGAAGGUGCUCAACGACGGCAACGGCGACCAGACCAUCGCGCUGAUGCUGGACCACGCCAUGGGGUCGGCCUUCAAGUCCAAGACCUCCUACCUCUUUGCCCGGAUCGACGUGGACAUCAAGCUCAUCCCCAGGAACUCCGCCGGCACCGUCACCACCAUAUAUAUGAUCUCGGAGAAGGACUGGAAGACCCACGACGAGAUCGACCUCGAGUUCCUGGGCAACGCCACCGGCCAGCCCUACACCCUGCACACCAACAUCUUCGCCAACGGCGAGGGCGGCAGGGAGGUGCAGUACCGGCUCUGGUUCGAUCCCACCCAAGACUUCCACACCUACUCCAUCGUCUGGAACACAGAUGAGAUCCUGAUCCUGGUGGACGGCGUGCCGAUCCGGCAGUUCAAGAACCACUGGGACGCCGGCGUGCCGUUCCCGGUGUACCAGCCGAUGCGGCUGUUCGGGUGCCUGUGGGACGCCGACGACUGGGCGACGCAGGGUGGGCUCGUCAAGACCGACUGGUCGCAGGCGCCAUUCGUUGCUUACUUCAAGAACUACACCGCCUCCGGGUGCGCCCCGAGCGCCGGCGGCUCGUGGGUGUGCGGCCAGGACCCCUCCGGCUCCGGCGGCAGCCCCGGCUGGAUGGACCGGGCACGGGGAGGAGGGCGGCUGGACGACGACGUGAAGCAGCAGCAGCAGCUGAGGGAGGUGCAGGGCAAGUACAUGAUCUACAACUACUGCACCGACAAAAAGAGGUUCCCCAAUGGCUUCCCGAAGGAGUGUGGGCUGGCUUAGGAAUUAUCGUUACUACUAGGAUAGAUAGAAGUGAUUCUGCUGAUGGAGCUGGGUGGGAGAUGCGUGUCUUGGCAAGAACAUUAUUUCAUUCUUCUUUUGGCUAUUUACGAACGGCAAUUCAGAGUUUGAUUUCUGGAGAAAGAAAAACAAAAGCAAAAGAAAUAGCAGCCAUUUCUGGUCAUGUGUACUACGAUGCAGAGAUUAAGGAGGUGUUCGUCGGUCCUCCAGCUCCCUGAAAUCUUAGAAUCUGUGGAGCUCCUUUUCCCCCGCUCUGUCAUUUUUAGCUACAGCUCCACCAGCUCCCGAAGCGGACUUGAGGAGUGGAGAGUCUGGGAACAGGCCUUAAUUAUAUAUAUACUGAU